AUGGCCACGGUGUGGGCGCUGACGACGCUGCUCACGGCCAUGUUCGCCUGGAGGGUGGCGCCGAUCAUGCCGCUGGCUGUCGGCGUCCUCGUCUUCCUCUGCCUCCGCGAGAUCGAUCAGGUCCGCGGCGGGGAAGGCGGCGCCAGGAUCAACAUGGGCGAGCAAUACUCCGCGCUGGCCACAGUGGGCCUCGCCGUGCUGACGUGCACCGCGGCGCUCGACUCCUACGACGCCCGGCGCGACCCGGGCUCGGCGGCGUUCGUGGUCGUGUCCUACGUCGUCCUUGUGGUCCUGAUGGGUCUUUUUGUCCGUGCAUUCGCCCAGGCUCGCGGCGAUGUUGGCGUCCUGGGUGGGCUCCGCCCAUGCCUCCCGGCCGUGGCGUGCUGCGGUGCUGGUGUGGCCUCUGCCUUGUUUGAAACCAAUUAUCUAGUCAAGCGACCAACUAGAGUAAUGCGCUAG